UCAAUAGAGUUAAAAUUUUCAAAUGCAAAGUGAACUGACAAAAUCGAAAGCUGUUCCUAGAGAAUAUGAGCCGGCUAUCAGUGAAAUCGGUUAGACCAACUCUAGGGAAGUUGGACAAUCAAUCGGCGUAUGUACAAAUUGCAGUUGGUGCUGGCACUGGCUUCGUCGUUGGGUAUCUUUUUUUCAAGGUUAGCAAAAUGCUGGCCGUGUGCAUCGGCAGUGCAAUACUGACAAUCGAGCUGGCCGUCGAGUCGGGCCUCAUCAAAGUCGACUGGAGCAAGAUAAUGGAACAACAGCAGGCACUGAAUACACCAGAAAACCGACAAUUGGCACUCUCGCCAUUUACGCCUCCAGAUCAUGCCGUUAAUCUCGACAAGGCCAAGCAAGUCAUAAUGUCCAGCGCACGGCUCUCGGUUGCCAUUUUGGGCGGGUUCUUUCUAGGGUUUGGAUUUUCAUAAACUGAAUGAAGAAUUGUAUUUAUAAAUCAGAAUAUUAAGGCGAAAUUUGUAAUACUAAAGCACAUCAGAAAUAUAAGUGACUAUAUUUUUCACU